AGGUAAUCAUACAAUCGAUGAGGAAAAUCUUGAAGGUUUUACACAGGUUACUAGAAGAAGAAGCAAAACAAUAUCAAUGAACCCACCUAACAAAGUCACAGAAGAUGAACAACUAUACUACGAGGUGGGAUACUCAUCUCAUCCCAUGAUCACCAGAAGCCAAUCAAAAAGACCUCAGAAUGAAACUGGCUACUUUCUCUACUCAGUUGACGAGAGAUUCGACUCACCGCAAAAACUAGCAAUAGCUCUCCAGCGCUUGAGGUUAUCUCGUCCGGAAGAAAAAACAUUCAGGCCUUAUCUUAAGAAGGCCAUCUGGUUUCACAACAAAUAUAACAGAUCGAGUUCUGCUUCUGUUGGGAUCCCAUCAAAAAAAUUCAAUUGUUAAUGUACCUUUUCCUGCUUAUUUCAUCUGUAUUGUUCUUUCUAUUUCACAAAAUGUAUGCUAAAACUCUUGUAGUAAAAUCUUUAUUUUAAUAAAUUAGGGAGGUGUUCCCCGG